CUCGGACGUCAUCACUGCCUGGUUCCAGUGAGUAACAACAGCAGUGCCGGCACAUAUGAAUGCGCACACUAUACUCUCGCAAUCUCCGACGCGUCUACUGGACAAAAUCACACGCCUGUCCUCACGCUACCGCGAGCAUGUGCUCCUUUUUACAUUGUCCCCCAAUCUUGCUCCCUCAGAUCUCCAAACAUUGGUUCAAAGAUUGACCACCGCGACCACUCAAUCGGUCGGAUGCUUGUCGGCCCCCCUGCCUGGUCAAUCAGACCUGGUCGCGUGCUCUCUGGCCUUCUUCGACCGCAAAACAUGUGUCCCGUUUCGUUCGGAAAUACCAGGACAGUCUCCGCCGCAGGUCGGACGCUGGCAUUCAUUUCGACGGCAAACGCAUGAUGAGGGAGUUAUCGGAUCUAUGCCCACGGGAAACUUCGACUGGCAAGAUGUAUGGAGCCAGAGUUUGACGAAAAAUCCGUUACCCGCUGAGCUUCAAGCAGCCAGCCCAGAUGAAUUCGGAACAAUACUUUAUCUCACUGACAAUGCACCUGAAGGGCUAACGAAUGCCCUUUCACAUUUCUCUGGCUCUUCUAAGCUAGGUCUCUUUGCACUGUCCACACCUUUUAUCACGGGUCGGCCCGUCACUCUGUUCAGAAAUGACGCUAUAUUCGAUUCCGGCGCUGUAGGCGUCGCCCUCAAAACUGCACCGUCGACAGUCCGAACCCGUUUUCCUGGAAUGUCCCCUCUCCACACGCCAAUGGUAGUGACCCAUGUGGAAGGCAAUCUGGUCGUGACUCUCGAUGGCGCGAAUCCCACUCAAAUAUUACUGUCCGCCAUAAAAAGUGCUGGAAUUGACUUGGGUCCUGUAGACUCGCUGAAUCUCAAAGCUGAGGAGGAGUUUGCGAUUUCUGUCCUCCGUGACGGUGAAAUUUAUCAGAUGUACUCCAUCGAAUCUGGAGAUCCAAAACGAGGCACAAUAUCUCUCAAGAGUCCAGUUGCGCCACCGUUGGGAUCGAUAGUCCAGUUCUUCCAUCGACGGAGGACACAUACCGCACCGACCCUUAUUUCGUCAAAUGAGCCAGCAGCCGUCAGUUUCUUUGCCUCUCCAGAGCAAUCUGGCUCUGGUUCUGGCGAAGAAAGAACGUACACGGACCGUUUCCUAGCCGCUAGUGACAACGCGUUCGCUGUGAGCCGUGGUGUGGAAGACUCGUGGCGUAGUUCGAUCGCCGAUGGGGUGGUGGAACUUACUUGGUAGUCUCUGGUAGUACCUUCUGGAUGUAGCGCAUUGACGCUUUAUCGACAAAUGCCGAGACUUGUCCGGUCCGCCCUA